AUGCUCAGCUUUCUUUUCAAGAGGGGCUCACAAAGUCCCGUCGGCUACAGAGCUCUGGAGGUUUCUCUGAGCCGAGAAUGUCACAUCUCCGAACACGAUGAGGCGCCCAGACUGCCCGAGAUGCCGGCCACCCUGGAGUCCACCCUCAAGCCCAAGCAGGGUCAGGUGUGCUUCGAUGUGGAGGCUGCGCAGGAGGACGGGGUCCGCUCCGCCGAAGCGAGCGUGCACAAGAAAGCCUUCAUCCGAAUGUCUAAGAAGAUCAUGUCGCAGCGCAGCUACAGCGUGAACUUCAACAUUGCUGCCAGCGGGUUGCUUGAUGAUGAUGAUGGCGACGGUGAGCAGGAGGGCAAAAACGAUGAUGACGAGCAGGAGAAUUUCAAAGGAAUGCUCAAGGGCUUUUUCAAGCACUUGGUGGUCGUUCCUGAGCUCAGUGAGGCUUUAAAGGCCAAAGGCUUUGUUCACUGGGUGGAGGUCUGGGAUCUAAGCAUCACUGUGCUGAUUUUUUUGCUUGCGUACUAUCUUCCAUGGAUUCUGGUCUUUUGCACCUGGAAGGAGCUUCCAGCCUUCCACAGGUUGUUAGAGACCAUCAUGAGCCUUGUGUUCACCGUGGACAUGUUUUUGCAGUUCUUCAUUGCUUAUGCCCUUCCCAACAGUCAGCUGUCGCAUGGUCCGUGGCAAAAAGAUCCGUGGAAGAUCAUAUCGAACUAUAUGGGUUUCGAAAGCUCCUUCGGUUGGUUUUGGCUGGACUUGCUAUCAGUGGCGCCUUUCUGGAUGCGGGUCUUAAAUGGCGAUCGCUCCUUUCCCUACAUGGAGCACUUCCAAAUGCUGUGCCUCCUGCGCGUGCUGAAGAUGAUCAGGAUGAUCAACCUGCCGCGGCUCUGGCGCUUCAUGAGUCGCUGGCAAGCCUCCUUGGGGUUUUCCUAUUUGAUUGUAGACUUCUGCAAGUUUAUCUUCAUCCUGACGCUCACGGCCCACCUGUUCGCUUGUGUAUGGGUGGCGAUCGAGGGCAAAGUCACGAGAGGAGUCUUUAGCUACGCCACGGCGGAUAACACCUGGCUCUCGGCCUUGAUUGAGAGCAAGGGCGAUCCUUGCCACCCAUCGGCUGCCAAGGACAGCAUUUGUGUGUACUGGCUGGCCAUGUACUGGGCCGUGAUGACGCUGACCAGUGUUGGCUACGGUGACGUGACACCACAGAACCAACUAGAAUACACGGUCUGUGCCAUCAUGAUGAUGUUCAGCGGCCUGGUGUGGGCAUACAUUGUCGGUAGUGUGGUCUCGUUGAUUCACACCAUGGAUACCUCUGUUGAAUUCAAACAGAACAUGGAUCAAAUGAACGAGAUGAUGGAAUCACGUGGCUUGCCCACUGAAUUGCGCGUGCGAAUGCGGCGUUACAUGCACGAGUGUGUGGUGGCCAGACACCAAACCGCGCAGGUGGCGUUACCCCUUCGGGGGGUCAGGGAGAAGGGCGCAGGAGGAGUUCCACUGAUCAAUGGAUUGGUUUGA